UCACGUGACAGAUCCAGGAAGUGAACUUCAGAAAUUCCAAGCGGCGAAAGAUCCCGUUUGGCAAACAGUUUUUAAACUCGUUUUACAAAGACAGCUUACUCUGCUUUUAAUACAUUAUGUUUUCUGUGUAAUCGCUCGUGAUUUUGUUUGAAUUACAGUCAUAUGGUAGUGAUCGGGUGUUGUGCAAAAGGGGACUCGGUACAGGUUGUUCAGUUAAUGGACUUUCGGCCGCAGGAGUGUGGAAACCAUAAUAAAGACCAUAUGAUAUGCCAACUCUUACAAUGUCAGAGACCGAGGAGUGUCGAAGACGCUUUCAGGCGGCUGUCGACGUCAUUCAUAGCCUACCCAAAAAUGGUUCCUACAGACCCUCUUAUGAAGUAAUGCUUCGGUUUUAUGGCCUAUACAAACAGGCAGUCUGUGGUCCAUGUACUGUGUCACGCCCCGGCUUCUGGGACCCUGUGGGACGUUACAAAUGGGAUGCUUGGAAUCAGUUAGGAGAUAUGAACCAAGAAACUGCCAUGGGCGCUUAUGUGGAUGAAAUGAAGAAAGUCGCACAAGAGGUAAUAGAUACCAUGCAGAUAAAUGAGAAGACUGCAUCCUUUUUUCACUAUUUUGAACCUCUUUAUCAUGUUAUUCAUGAUAUGCCCAGGCCUCCAGAAGCACUUCUAACUAUAACAUCAGGCAAGGAACCAAUUGAUGGUUUGGCUGAACUUGAAGUGAAAGACCCAACAGAAGAACUGGAUCUUCAACAGCAGGACUUCACAGACGCAGUCCCUGAUAGUGAUCCUCAAUUGAAGAACACAGAUCUUGUUCUAUCUGAGGGUCAGGGACCAACAAGUGAUUCAGAGAGUGAAGUCUUCUGUGAUUCACUGGAACAGCUGGACGCUUUUAAGCUUUCACCAAUGUCCGAUAGUCUUCAAAAUGGACAUGCAUAUACUUCUGAAGACCAAGAGCAUCUCCACACCCCUGUCCUUCAGGUCACUCAGAUGGGUGCUGGACAUGGCGGUGAAGGGGCAGACGAUAGGCAUGGUCCACCCGUGAGGAGAAGGAACACAGGAAGAGAGGGGAUGCAGCAAGGCUGGAGGGAACCCUCAGGUUAUAUGGCUCGCCGCCAUGGUAGAUGGGCAGAGCGGCCAGGCUCAGGGUUUGGUUUAGGGGGUGGAGAAGAUCCCGAGGGUGGGCCUGACAGGUUACAGGACAUCCAGGUGCAGCAGCAGAUCAUUCUAGCAUUACGACAGCUCAGAGAGGACAUGCAAAGCGUUAUGGAACGACUAGAAGUGGUUGAGGGUCUUGCCACUGCAAAUGCUCAGAACUCACAAUGGAGAUCCCACUUACAACUGUCAGUGUCAGAGGAGAAAGGGUGGCCAUUUGACAUCUCUGGACGCACAUUGCUGCUUUUGUUGGUCUGGCCUUUUGUGACUCAGGCCUUGGUGUUCCUCUUAAGACGGAGGAAGAGAAAGCUUCACGUGUGCAUAUGAAUUCAUUUUAAUGAGUGAAAAAAGAAACAUUCAGGCUAAAGAAUGAUGAAUAAUAUAUUGAGACCUGGCUUUCAGUAUUUUUAAGUAUAGGGACUGAUAGUUAGCCUCAGUUGAAAUUGAUCUUACCAUUUAACCCCAUAUGAACAAGAUGAGUGCAAUUCUCAGUAAUGUGCUGGUUUAAUAGUGUAAUUUAAUGUUAAUAAUGUGUUAUUAUGUUCUGUGUAAUUUUGGUUAUAUGUAGCGCCUUGCAGAGGCACUCAAUGACUUGUCAAUAAUGUAUGAUAUCUGUUCGCUUACAUUUUCAAAAGUAAUGUUUAUUAGUAUCUCUGCUGAAGGAUGAAAUUGACUGUGCGGAUGCAAUCUGCACCACAACAAAGGACAACAGAAAUGCUGAACCUUCUUAAGUUUCAGGAUGUUGAGCUGAGUAUAAUAUUAGUGUAGUAUAUAUGCAAUCAAAAAGCCUUAAAAAUACAGAGGCCUUCACAUGAGAAAUAUAUUAGAUGUACACUUAGUUUGCAGUAGCUGUCCUUCUGAAAUGAGAAAAAGAGAACCAGCAAUAGGAUUUUAUGAUUAUAUACACUAGAUGUAUUGUUUUAUGAGAAGAGAAUACAAAUAAAUGCACAACCAUUACAUUGUA